GCACCGCUGCCCUGGCAGCUGCUUGCAAGGCUGUGGUUUCCUCCGCGCUCUUCCCUUCUCCCUCUUGUUUCCACUUCCGAGAUGGGUUCCUACGCCCCUUGUCAGGUGCCACUACCUACAGCUGCACGCAUCUUAGAGACGGACCUGGGUGAGCCCUCGCCGCCCGAACCCCAUGUCCCUGCGGCGCAGCCCGCGCUACCCACCUCACCCGCAGUCCCAGCAAGCGGCGCUGCUCCUCUGAGGACGCGCACACGGUUGCUACGGAAACGACGCGGCGUUUCCCCUGACUGGUGAGGCGGUCAAAGGUCGCCUUGGCAAGUUCCGGUUCCGGUUCCGGGAUCUAGUUUGUUGUGGGCUGGCUCUGUGGUGCUGGCCGCGGGAUUUUGAGGCGUGUAUCUGAAGUCCGGGUGUGGGCCAGGGUCGCUCGCGUUCCGCGGCUACAAUCAUGGCGGCUUCCACGGCAGCCGGGAAACAGCGGAUUCCUAAAGUGGCCAAGGUGAAGAACAAAGCGCCAGCAGAGGUGCAGAUAACCGCAGAGCAGCUCUUAAGGGAGGCUAAAGAAAGAGAGCUCGAGCUCCUCCCACCCCCACCUCAGCAGAAGAUCACAGACGAGGAAGAACUAAACGAUUACAAACUACGGAAAAGGAAGACUUUCGAAGAUAAUAUAAGAAAAAACAGAACUGUGAUUAGCAACUGGAUCAAAUACGCACAAUGGGAGGAAAGUCUGAAGGAAAUUCAAAGGGCCCGAUCCAUAUACGAGCGUGCUUUAGAUGUCGACUACCGAAAUAUCACACUCUGGCUGAAAUAUGCAGAAAUGGAAAUGAAGAACCGCCAGGUCAACCAUGCCCGAAAUAUCUGGGACCGUGCCAUAACAACCCUGCCGCGAGUCAACCAGUUCUGGUACAAAUACACGUACAUGGAGGAGAUGCUGGGCAAUGUUGCCGGUGCUCGUCAGGUGUUUGAGCGCUGGAUGGAAUGGCAGCCUGAGGAGCAGGCCUGGCACUCCUACAUCAACUUCGAGCUGAGAUACAAAGAGGUGGAGCGGGCCCGCACCAUUUAUGAACGCUUUGUGCUCGUGCACCCUGCUGUGAAGAACUGGAUCAAGUACGCUCGAUUUGAAGAGAAGCAUGCGUAUUUUGCCCAUGCGCGGAAAGUCUACGAGAGAGCAGUUGAGUUUUUUGGGGAUGAGCAUAUGGACGAACACCUCUAUGUGGCCUUUGCUAAAUUUGAAGAAAAUCAAAAAGAAUUUGAAAGGGUACGAGUUAUCUACAAAUAUGCCCUGGAUAGGAUUUCCAAGCAAGAGGCCCAAGAGCUCUUUAAAAACUAUACCAUCUUUGAGAAGAAGUUUGGUGACCGGAGGGGUAUAGAAGACAUCAUCGUGAGCAAACGGAGAUUCCAGUAUGAAGAAGAAGUGAAGGCUAAUCCACACAAUUAUGAUGCAUGGUUUGAUUAUUUACGCUUGGUGGAAAGUGAUGCAGAAGCGGACACUGUGCGGGAAGUCUAUGAGCGAGCCAUUGCCAAUGUGCCACCCAUCCAGGAGAAGAGGCACUGGAAACGCUACAUCUACCUCUGGGUUAACUACGCACUCUAUGAAGAGCUGGAGGCCAAGGAUCCUGAGAGGACAAGACAGGUGUAUCAAGCAUCUUUGGAACUAAUUCCUCACAAAAAGUUCACGUUUGCCAAAAUGUGGUUAUAUUACGCACAGUUUGAAAUAAGACAGAAAAAUCUGCCAUUUGCCAGAAGAGCUUUGGGAACUUCCAUAGGCAAAUGUCCCAAGAACAAGUUAUUCAAAGGUUACAUAGAACUGGAACUGCAGCUUCGAGAAUUUGACAGAUGCAGGAAGCUUUACGAAAAGUUUUUGGAAUUUGGACCUGAAAAUUGUACCUCGUGGAUUAAGUUUGCAGAAUUAGAAACAAUCCUUGGUGAUAUUGAGAGAGCUCGGGCAAUCUAUGAAUUAGCCAUCAGCCAGCCACGCUUGGAUAUGCCAGAGGUACUUUGGAAAUCAUAUAUUGAUUUUGAGAUUGAGCAGGAAGAAACUGAGAGAACACGAAAUCUUUACCGACAGUUGCUUCAGCGAACACAGCACGUCAAGGUAUGGAUCAGUUUUGCUCAGUUUGAAUUAUCUUCUGGGAAAGAAGGAAGUGUGGCUAAAUGCAGACAGAUUUAUGAAGAAGCUAACAAAACCAUGAGAAACUGUGAAGAAAAAGAAGAGAGGCUUAUGUUGCUGGAGUCCUGGCGAAGUUUCGAAGAUGAAUUUGGAACAGUAUCAGACAAGGAGAGAGUAGACAAACUCAUGCCAGAAAAGGUCAAGAAGAGAAGAAAGGUCCAGGCUGACGAUGGGUCUGAUGCCGGAUGGGAAGAGUACUAUGACUACAUCUUUCCAGAGGAUGCUGCCAACCAGCCUAACCUCAAGCUGCUGGCGAUGGCCAAGCUUUGGAAGAAACAGCAACAAGAAAGAGAAGCUGCCGAACAGGAUCCAGAUAAGGACAUUGAUGAGAGUGAAUCCUCAUCUUUUUAAAUGUUAUUAUUGCUUUGUAUAAAUUAACAGUUUAGAACUUUGACUUCUGGAUGUUUUUAUAUAUUUACCCAGUAAGGAGUUGUUUGACAUCUUUGAAUUAUUUUUUAAAAUCUCCUGGGUUAACUAUGGAUGAGAAACUGCAAGUAAAGGAAAUUUUUGUAACAGUUUUGUUACUUGAGUCCAAGCAUUUCUAGCAUUUGCUCCCACUGUCUUUAUUAGAUGGAAUUCAUGUGUGUGUCAUCAGCACAUACUUUAGGUGGGACUGCUGACUUCUCAGUGCUCAAGGUCCAUCCUCUGGGAAUAGGCACAGGUUUUUCAUGAUGGUGUACAUGCAUCUGAAACUUUUAGCUUUCAUAUCUCUUUAAUUAAUUAAAACCAAAAAACUCGAGUUCAGUCCAGUCCUAACACUUCAUAUGGUGGCUGUACAUUUUAGUCGAUUUCUCAAGCAGUGGAAGGAUGGCACCUCAUGUUGGUGAUUCCAUUAGAAAAGGAAUAUGCUGAUGUCAAUCUUGUUCCAACAGCACACCUUCCCCUGCCCCCAGCGCCUUUUUUAGCAUCAUGUGUCUACUUCUCAUAGAAUUAAAUGGACUUGGGUUAUAUAGUCUCUAAAUAUGUGAAUUGAUUUGUAGUGAUUUUUUGACCCCAAGUCUUUAUUGGCUUAGUUAUAGAAGCUUGUUUGGAAAACAGUAGCCUGCAUCCUGAGGCACAGUGUCCUACACUCAGUUUGGGAAAUCUCGGGUCUACUAUGUUAACAUCCUUGUGAAGUAGGACUCACCAGAGCACUCCUGCCAGUCCCAAGCUUUGUGAAUUCUGCAGAUAAAGCUGCCUGGAGACUGCAUCUCCCAGCAUGCCUGAGGAUGUGUGAGCUUUAAAACUUAUCUUUAACAGUUGUCAUUAAACAGCAGGAGUCCAAAGACCCAUGGUGAUGAUGGCACUGUAGCACAGUAACACACUUGUUGGUACUCUGCUCAUAUUGCAUUUGCCUACCCUGAGAGGCACUGCUUAUCUACUUAUCCUGUAAUUCACAGCCAUUUUUUCUUUUGUUCACCAACUGUUCUUUCAAGACUAGUUUCUACCUAAAAGAACCAUUAGUAAAUAAUUGAUUAUUAAAUGUAAGUAUAUCCAUCUAAGGGAAUAAAAGCUGUUUAAUAAUAAUAUAAAUUGGGUCUUGAAAAUAAGGUAAUUUUGGAAGUUACAAGAAAACAGUACUACUAGGUAAGAUCUUUUCAGCCACCAAACUAGCACUAGGCUCAGGCGUUAACCUGAGUGUGCAUUGAAUACUUAGGGUGCUAGUCAGGAAGAAUUUGUCACUGAAUGUCCUUUGAGUUAGUGCAGAUUCAAGAUGGAGGUGAAAGCAGUUCAGAAUGCUAGUUCCAUAACUAAGCCACAUCUUCCUAGGGCAGUUCUCUGUAUGUUGCUCAUGCACAUGAAGAAACAAAUUAGUGAAUUUGCUCUUAAAAGUCCACUCAUAACAAGCAUGGGCAGAUGUGAAAGUUGAAGGAAACUUUAUUCCUCCUUGAGAACAAAAAAUUCAUUCUCUCCAACCUUAAUAUCUCAAAAUAAGACCUCUCUAAAGUAAGAGCUUUUAAACCAAGUGCUAAGGUACAUAUAUAUGUUUAUAGUCCUGACUACCACCUGAGGAUUACUGGAAGUUGAGUUCACCCUAGGAAUGUAAAAAGAUCUUACCUCAAAGAAAAAGAAUAAAUGCCAACAAACAUGCAUCUUAAUGUCAUUUCACGUGGACCUUUUUGAUUACUUCUUUACUGUCUGAUUAUCUAUCUUUACAUGAUCUUUUGGAGUUAGAUUCUGUUUCCCAUUAAAGUCUCACAUUCAAAGGUUUGAGCAGUGUUAACAGAAAAUCAGGGUUUCACAGUAAGAAUAUGUUAGGUAUGUCAGACAGGGAUGAUUUCAGAUAUGCACUUAAAAAUGUUUUAUAUAUAAAAAAGUCAAAACGAGAGGCACCAUAUCCUAAACAAUGACCCCUCCAUAAUUCUGAGUAAAAGACAACAAACUUCCAGAAAACAUUCAUAGUCAACAAUGUGUUUUACUAUACAUCUCAGAUUUAUACAUUUCAUAUAUGCUUUUAAAGCUUCAAUUAACAGAUCAAUACAAAAUAAAAUAUAUAUAUAUUUAUAUAUGUGCAGCAGUGGUUCUCAGGCACAGGAUUUAGGAGGAGGAUGGAGGGAGUCUUUCCUUGGCAUGUCAACCAUGAUAGUGGAACGUGUCCUUCUGACUUAGCUGCCUUGAUUGAACUUUACAUGGCAAACAGUUGAACAUGUAUGCCAUUGCUCAUUGGAAGGAUAAGAUUUGAAGUAAGUUCAUAGCCUGCAUGUUUUGAAGUCUUUAAGACUUAAAUGCUUGCUUUCCUCCUACGAGCUCCAAGAUCAUCCUAUGAAAAAAAUAUGUCCACAAACUGUCUGGAACACCUGCCUAAGAACCACUGCCUAUGGUUAUUCAAUGUCCUCAGGCCUCACAGGAUGAGGUAAUGGGAUGAUGGAUUUCUUCUCAGUGUCCCUGGAAAGUGCUUUCCUCAUAUCUGUUAGGAAACAAAGAUUAAUGUAAGCAACUAAUACCAAACUUUCUUAAACCAGAUUGAGUGUGUGGGUUAAGUUCCCAUCAUGUUUUGUGCCCUCCCUGUAAUCCUAAGUGGUAUGUAUGUACUUACAAGACUCCCACUGUAGUUACAACAGUUGCUUAUCAAAUCCCACCUAGAAGCCAACUAAUAUAAACGUUCUUUCUUAGAAAAAGAACACAUCUAUACCAUGAAAUGAUAAUUUAUAGAAAUUAACCACUGGCUGGUUAGUCUACAUUAACUAUUCCUAAAUUCAUAAAUGUAAUUCUUUUGAAUUUAUUAAAAUGAGUAUGUAGGCUUGUGGUGGGGAAAUAACUAUUUUGACUUUCUCUUGGAGUUACUGCCACAGCAGGAAGCUUACCGUAGGCAUCCUCAUCAGGCUCCCCAUUGCUGGCUGAGUAGUACUCUAUGACUGUCCUGUAGACACUAUAACCCAACUGCUUGUACAUGUUGACAGCAACUUGAUUGGAUACUCUAACGAAGAGAUCAACAAAAAAUCCACCUUUUCUUUAAAAAAAAGAAAAAGAAAAAAGGAAAAAAGGGGAAAUGUUAAAACUGUAAGAACUCUAGACAGUCUGGUAUGCAUCUUUAAAAAUACUAGUGCCAUGCAUAGUGUGGUGCUACUGUGGAUUACAGGCCUGUAAUCCUAGGAUUUGGGACUGAAGGGGAAGAACUGUGGAUUCCAGGCCGGCCUGGGCUACAAACAUAAUGGGCUCGAGGCCAGUCUUGGCUACAAAAUGGCAUAAAAAGAAUCCUUGGUUGACUACUUGGGGAUGGUAGUAACAACCUUGAAGUAGACAUCUUUUAUUACCACUUUUACUAUUCCAGGUAACUAUUUCAGAAUACAGAAAAAGGACCCAAGCAUAGCUGCUGUAGGAUCUGCUGGUGACUACCAGACUUCCUUUUGGUCAGUAAUACCUCCAUCUCCUCCUCAAAGCUCUUCACAUCCUGAUUCUGUGUCUAGGCUGUCUCCUUGUUUACUGCCUAUAAAGCUUUCGUUUUUGGUUGUGACCUUUCUGUAAGCAUAAUCAGUUGGGUAUUACGUUGUGAGUGACCUCAGUCAGUCCUGAGCCUCUGGAGUUACUGGAGCUAUUUUUAUUCUCUUCACUUUGUUUAUUAGCCUUUCAGUGUAUGAACAUACAACUUGCCCAUGGUCCUCUGGAAACAUUUCCAGUUCUAUUGUAAAGGAUGUUACUAUGGAUACUUUUGUUGAGCAUCUCAUGAUACAGUAUCUAAUUGGGGAUCUCACUGCUGUGUCAUGGUAUAUACACUGUCAUCUUGAUUAAAUUCUAACCUGUUUAUUCCAAGUCCACUCCUAUGUAUGAGACACAGUAUCUUGAUGUGACAUUAAUAUACAUUUCUAAUUACUAAUGAGAGGUUUGUGUCUACUGACCAUUUAAAUGUCUCCUUUUGAAUAGCUCUUAAUGACCUUUCAGUUUUUUCCCCCAGUGGCUACCAUGUGUGCUGGAUAUGCUGCAAUAUUUGAGUUUUCUGUAAGCAUCCAUCGUGUUACUUUAGUUAUCUCUGGGUGAGCAAAGUUAUGCUACUUUUACUCAGAAGAGCAAUGAGCCUUCCCUAUAUGGUCAGCACUGUUUACAGCCUACUUAAAAAGGUCUCUACACUAAGGUCAUGGGAGACUUUGGAUAUUAUACUCUGUUGCUUUUCCAUGUCCAUGUUUUAAAUAAGUCUGAAGUUUAUAUGUAGUAAAGUAGCAACCAGGGAAACAUUUCACCAUCUUUACUGAAAACUCCCACCCUGAUAUCUAAUUCACCCUCAGGAACACCAAGACCCUUAGACAUAUUCCUCAUGUUCUAAUCUUCUGCUCUCACUCUUGCACCAAUAGUCUGUGCUGCACAUUGGAUCUGAGAGGGCAGAGCUAGCUGCCCAUUGUUGAAUAUUGACAUUUUUGCUGCUCCUUCUUUUUCCCUUGCAUUCUAUAUUAAUAGCACCCUCAAAAACCUAAGUAGGAUUCUGGGUGUGAUUACAUUUACUCUAAGGUCAGUCACUUUUAUGUCUCCCCAUAAAGUUUUAUAAAUGAGUACUUUGGGGAGGCAUAUGCUCUUGAUGCCAAUUUCAAUACUUCUUUCUGGUUUUAUUGUUUUCAUUUAGUUCUAGGGACUUGUGCAUUCUUUUUUUCUAUCUGUGACAGCAGUUUGCUGCCUCCUAACCCUCUUCCCUUGUUUCCUACAUGCCUUUGCUGUGUAAAUUUCCAGAACAUUAUGAAGAGGGACUGAACGUGUACCUUUGAUUGCCAUGGCUUUGCUACUUCCCCCACUUGUGUUCUCUAGACUGCUACAAAAUACACUGCAUCUACUCAAUAGUGGUUCUUCUUCAGUCCAGUCCACACCCUGGCUCCUGGUGUAUCAUAAUUCUUUUCACUCACCAAAGCUAUUUACCAACAGUUUUUCUGCAACUUGUGCCCCCUGGCGACAGUUCCCAGUUCCUCAGAUUUUCCUCCUUACAUCAUCAAGGAUGCCUCUGCCUAAAAGCUGUGUUAAACUGACUGACUUAUUACCGUGGGAGCCCAGACUGGCCUCAGAUGCCCACUCCUCUUGCAUGCUAGGAUUACAGGUGUGAGCCGCCACACUCGGACUGAAGUCUGACAAAACUCUUAUGUCGGGAGAUUUUUCAGUAAAGAUGGUGGGACAAGUCAAUAGGCAAAAUGUUUCCCUGGUUGCUACUUUACUACAUCCAAAAAAAAAAGGUCCAGCUACUACUACUAAGGUAGGGUAGACUUACAAACUUUCAUUUUGCAUCAUCCUCACACUAAGAAUGGCUUUAAACAGUGUUGGUUUGUUAAGCCAAUCUAUGCAACAGAUCCUAUGUGGUUGCAAAGUAUUUACUCUCUGCCCUGGAAAAGCUUUCCUGACUUCUAUUCUGUUCCCUAGCUGAUUUCUACCUGACAGUUCUUAUAAAGAAGCAUAUUCAGCUGAUUAACAAUUUGUCUAGUCCAGGGUAUACAGCAUUAUUAUAUCUUCAAUGGAUUCAGUUUUUAAAAUAUCUUUGUGAAUUUGCAUGUCUGUGUGGCAUGUCCUGGUGUGUGUGUGUGUGGAAAUCAAAGGACAGCUGUGGGUCUUUGUCUCCCUGAUUUGCUGGUUCUCCACUAUGAAGACGCAGCCAUCUGGCUCACAGGUUUCUAGGAAUUGUUCCUAUCCUCCAUCUUGCUUUACCAACUGAGUCAAGAGGGGUGUUGCCAAGUCCAACUUUUUACAUGAGUUCUGAGGAUCUGAACUAGGGCCCUCAUGCUUGCAUCAAGCCAUCUUCCCAGCCAAGUCAUUUGUCAAUAUGCAAUGGCCCCUUAACAAUGGUAGUAAGUAUCCAACUAUAGUGAUUAUCAAUAUGAGAAAUCAACUUCCUUUUGGCUAUAAUUUGCAAGAUAAUUUAAUAUUUUCUUUAUUUUUCAAUCUUUAUAACCUUACACAGUCCCAUAAACAUUAUGCAUCUUUUUCUUCAUGGCACUGCUGGGGCUGGAACCCAAGGUCUUAUACAUGACUACAGAGCCUCAUCCUUAGCCCAUGUCUGUCUUUUCGCUGUAGUCAUUAUUCAUUUAUAGCUACUUAACUUCUCUUUACAUUUUUACUCCUGUAUCAAAAUUUUAUUCUUGCUUUAGUGUACAUCUAAACAAGACAUGACUAUAAUGUACGUCUCUGUACCCACUCAAACAAAACAAUGAAACCUCAGAAACUGGAGGGGAAGAGAGGUUAGUAAUUACCUAAGUAGAAUACUAAUUAUGUCCAAGGUUCCAGCUUGUUAGAACCCACUUCCCGAUAGCCUGUCUGUCACACAAUGUUAUUGAUAAAUGUGUGUAUAUCCUGCCUUCUUAAAACUUUCCUUCUGUCUUAUAUUCAGUUCAGGGAGAACAAAUAAGUUUGGGUGUUUGGGUUUUUUGCUUGCUUGUUUGUUUGUUUUUGUGUUUUUAUGAUUUUGAGACAGGGUUUCUCUGUGUAGCCCUGGCUAUCCUGGAACUGGCUCUGCAGAAGCAGCCAGAUCUCUUGCGUUCGAGGCCAGCCUGGUCUACAGAGAGAAUUCCAGGCCAGCCAAAGAUGUUAACACAGAAAAACCCGUCUCUAAAAACCAUUCAAAAUAAAAAAAGAGGGGCUGGAGAGAUGGUUCAGCAGUUUGGAGCACUGACUGCUCUUCCACAGGUCCUGAGUUCAAAUAUCUGUAACAGGAUUUGAUGCCCUCUUCUGGUGUGUCUGAAGACAGCUAUAGUGUGCUUAUAUAUAAUAAAUAAAUAAAUCUUUAAAAAAAAAAGAAAAAAUGAAAAAAAAAAAAGAAGCAGGAUUUGGUUUUUGUUUUGAACGGGCUGGUGUGUGAGUUGGCUCAGAGCACUUUUGUCUAGUUACUUCUUUAAAAAAUUGUCUUUAUUAAAAUCUACCAAUCCUGUGGAAACAAAGCCUCUAGGUCUGUAACUAUUCCCUUUCAUACCACUUUUUAGGCAGCAACUUGACAAAUGCGGUACAUAGACAUUUUGUGUCCCUUCUAGGAAAUGGAGAAACCCUUCUCUUAUAUAAUUGUGCUGCCUUUUUCUUUCUUUUCUAAAAUCUUUCACUGUGAGCAAGGUAUGACAGGUUUCUUUGAAAGUCAUAUUAUUGGCAAUUACCUAAAUGCCUCAAACUCAAGAGGUACGUGGGACAUUUGAUUUUGUUUUAAAGACAAGACAUCCUUUGUAGCCACAGUUGACCUGGCAUUCACUAUGUAGACUAACCUGGCUUCAAACUCAAGAGAUGUCUUCCUCUGCCUCUCGCCACUGUAGGGAAAGGCAUGUACUACCAUGCUUAGCCCUGGCUUCAGGCUAUUUUAUAUGUUCAGGAAAAACAUCAAAACUCUUGAUGACAGAAUUUGUAUGAAAUGGGAUUCUUUAUACUUGCUAUGAUUAACUGGUGCUUAUAUGCAAACCAUUGGAAAUGGAUUAUGUCGCAUUGGCUUCAGGGUUUAAAAAGCUACUCAGUGCUCACAGUGUACUCAUCCCUGGGUAGUGGAUGGCACAUUGUUCCUCUUCUCCUAUAGAUGGCUACUAGCUGUUGGAACAGAAACCAGUUUGAAACUGAGCUACUUGGGCCUGCAAACAUCCGCCAUAGUGCUAAGAACACCAGAGACCAUCCUUGAAAGGUUGAUUUUGAGUCCGGCUCAGCUGUCUACGGCUGGACACAGCACUGCACGAAUCCUCUCCAACAGCAGAGGAGCAGCAGUGGUGCUGCUAUGAGCUUGGCAGAGCUGCAGGGACCUACUGCAAGCUGAAAAUAAAAUUCUAAGUCCAGGCCACGACACUCAGAAAAGAGACAGUUCAUAAUCACGUGUAUUGGAAAAACGGGCUCUCACCUUUCUGAAAUUUCCUCUAGUAACUCCAUAAGUUUAGCAGCCAAGCCAAGACGGCGGAAUUCAGGGGCGACAGACAGAGCUGUGACAUGUCCAUGCCACUCUUCCCUAGCUACUGAGCCUUCUGCUUUGCCCAUAACUGCCAACAGAAAAUCGCAUCAGUAAUUAAAACACCAAUUUGCACAAAAAUUCAUAGUCUGCCAUUUGUUUCUUUUAAAAUAAAAAAACCACCAAAGUUUUAAAGUACUAUCAUCAAGUUAAUAAUUAACUUUCAUUUGAAAUGCCAUUCGCAAAUGAUAUUCUAUAUCUACUUCUAAAGUCAGACUUAAAAAACCUAAAUGAUAAACUAAAAACCAAGAACAAAGACUAGGAUACUUUUUGUUCAAAUGAGAUACAUUGAAAUAGAUUUAGGUUUUUUUUUUUUUCAAAUAGCUACAUUUAAAAUUACAUUUACGGCCUGGAGAGAUGGCUCAGCAGUUAAGAGCACCCGACUGCUCUUCCAGAGGUCAUGAGUUCAAUUCCCAGCAACCACAUGGUGGCUCACAACCAUCUGUAAAGAGAUCUGAUGCCCUCUUCUGGUGUAUCUGAAGACAGCUACAGUAUACUUAUAUAUAAUAAAUAAAUAAAUCUUUAAAAAAAAAAUUACAUUUACAAUGUAUGUAUGAUUGCAGCUACUCAUAGCUCCAGUAGCAGUUGGUUAAGUGGAGAUACCUUAAUCCCUGCCUUAUAUACAAAGUAACCAUACAGAAAUCUAACAGAAUGAUCCACAGAGACUACAGUCAUUUAUUAGGUUCACUGCUGUAUUUCUUGGCCUAGUGCACGGCUGGACACAGAAGAGAUGUGGUAAACUGUUAGUAAUUGAUCUGAAAAUAAAAUGCCAUCUUUCAUGAUUUACACCAAAUUCUAAAGUAAAGCAGACUGAAACCUGUAUUAAAAUCUUUACUCACCCAAAAAAGUACUAGUGGUACUGUACUUACUAUAACCCAUUAGCUCUCCGCCAGGUGCCUCGGCAACGAUGAAAUACUCUGGCCAGUGCGCAAGGUACUGUAAGUAAAAAGGAAUCCCAUACUAGAGCUGUUAAGGAAUAUGGGCCGUAAUAAAGAGCAAAAGGUUCCUUGUUAGAGCAUUUUCCUGUGGGUAUUUUCGUGUGGGUGGUUAUUUCAAAAUAUACUAUCAGACAGCAGGUAUGAUAGUACAUGUCUUUAAUCCCAGCACUUAGGAGGCAGAGGGAGAACAGCCAGGGCUAUGUAGAGACAAAACAAAAACUACCAUCAGGCUGGAGAAGCAGCAUGGUGGAUAAAGUGCUGUCAGCUGAGGACUGGAGUCCAAAUGCCUAUUCUCCACAUAAACGUUGGAUGGGCUUGGUUGCCUGCUUGUGAUCCCCACACAUGGGGGAAGCCGUGUAAAUAAAGUGGAGAGUGAUUAGGAAGGACAACUGAGUCAACCUCUAGCCUCUACGUCCACCCUUCACACCCACAUGCAAACACCCAUUGUCACUUUAUCCUCCACUUAGUACACUGUAACUUCUCUAAUACCAUGAAAUGGAAUAUUUACAUCAGCACUUAAUUUUUAAUAAAAUGGCCUGGACAUCUCUCUAGAUGUAGAAUGCAUAUGGUGCCAUCUAGUAGAAAACAAAAUCUCGUACAGUCUGCCUUCAGACUAAUCAGAUUGCACCUAUAACCAUAGGUGUGUGCCAUUUAUCAUCUAAGAUUACUUCCUGUUCAUGGUCCAUCUACCCUGCACUAGAAAUUCAGCUUCUCUCUCAUGUUUAUUCUAGCAACUGCUUGGCACAUAGAACAUUUGUAUUUCCUGAAUCACACUGGAGACUUCAAUGGCUAGUUUCUACUUUGACUAUAGUUAUGCAACUAUUACAUUUGUUAAGGAAUCAAUUAUAUUCAGAGGAAAUGCCUGCCUGGCCUGGCUGUGCCUGUAACCCAGCACUCCAGCAUCAGCAUCUGUAGUUCAAGUCAGACUGAGACACAAGGCGAGGCCCUCUUAUUCAGAAAGAAUGGUUACUCUUCAACACCAGGGUGUCCUUACUGCUAUGAUUCACUGCCAUGUUUGUUUCACCUUCUGUCAGCUUUCUGGUACAAUUACAUAAAAAGACAGUAUUAAUACACUUUCUACUAAAAAGUUCCCAGGAAACCCCCUCGUCUUAGGAGCCUUGAAACUCCUAUGAAGGACAGUCUCUUCUUCCAGAACUCAGGCAGCACGCCAGCAACUGACUACUACCAUGAGCUCCCCUCCAUAUCCCCACUCCCUACAUAAACCCCAGGCCUUAUAUAGUCAAAGCAUAGGUUAAUUUGUAGUCUGCCAUUUUCCCAAAGGGAAAAUUUCUGUGAUAUGAAAUUCUUCAAAAUCCUACAUAGUCAUGUAAGUGCUUUGAGGGUUUUUUGUUUUUUCUAUUCCAUUGUUUCUGAUAUGGCUUCUUGAUGCUUAUACUUAUUGUGUCCUUUUGCAUGAGGACACAACUUAAAAUACUUCAUCCCUCUGCCAGGAGACAUCUAGGCCAUUUCUAAUUUCUAAAAUAUGUCUAGAUCCUUGAUGUCCUUGAUGAAUGCAGCUUAAUUUACCAUUUCCUUACUAGUGAAUGUGAGUGACAUUCAAUUUUUUAACACAAUUCUCUUAAAAUAACUUUUAUAAUGUCACUAUUUUUGUAAAGGGAGAAUAAGAUGUGGUAUUGGGGGCCAAAAGUCUGUCAUAUCUACCCAAACUUAGAACCACAGACAGUAUGUAAAUCAACCAACAUGGCUAUAUCCCGGUAAGAAAAAUUCUUUAAAAAACUAAAUGGUAAACCAGAUUUGGCCCAUGCUUCUUAUGUUUGCCAAUCCCUGGAGUAAACUGCCUGUUGGUUCAGUCUUCAGGAAAUGGCAUUUCUUCUAAAAUGCUUUUCAGAAAGACUGUGCCAGAUGACUGUGGCACCAGCAGCUUCUAAGAAGGCACCUUACUUAGCCAGCAGCAGCACUGGGUUGUGUCUUUCCACAGUUCUGGAUAUCUGAUACAUUAAACUGGGUUCUCAGAUUUUAGUCUGCAUGCCUUUUGACGGGUGAGACUGAACUAAGUCUUCACUAGCCUCUGCCCUCUAGUAAGCGAUCAGCUACUCCCAGCAGUGUCAGUGGACAUGGUUUAGAAAUCCUAUCUGUGUUGUACCCACUGACUGAUCUGCUAUUGCAGCACAAUCAGGAAUACCCCAACCACACACCUUUGCUCAAUUUCUACUGGAUGAUAGACACUGUUAUUACUGAAAGUCCUGUAUUUCCUUCAGCAACAAGUCAGGAGAGAGAAGGGCUGUGUGGUGCUUCCCAAAGCAAUCGCCUCCCCUCUGUCGACUGCGUGCCCAGAAACACAAAGACGUGUUCUGGAAGCCGUCUAUGCCAGAAAGACCCAGGCUCUCUUGAGCAGGACUGCUGGAGACAUCAUGGAACCGCUUACCCUCUCUAGAUUUGGUUCACAGCAGAGGGAGACAGGCCCCGACUACCUGUGUCAUUGCUGCUGUCUAUGCACAGCCAGGAUUACUAUGGGAAGGUGAGCAGUAGAGCUGCAGUGUAACAGUCAUUAUCUUAAGAGUUGUGGGGGUUGGGGAUUUAGCUCAGUGGUAGAGCGCUUGCCUAGGAAGCGCAAGGCCCUGGGUUCGGUCCCCAGCUCCUGGGGAAAAAAAAAAAAAAAAAAAAAAACAACAACAACAAGAGUUGUGGGCAAGCCUAAGGCCACUCCUGCUCAGUUUUGUAAAUGUUUUCAGUGUCACUUGUGCUUUUCAGAACCUAUUCCUUAAAACAUUUUUCAGAACUCAUCUUUUUCUUCUGCUCCAAUUUUCUUCUUCAUAAACAAUCCUUAGGUUUUUUGUGUUUUUUUUUGUUUUUUUGUUUUUUUUGUUCUCAAAAAGGAUACAGUUUCUGUAAGUGGAUCCAAGUUACUGAAAAAAAAAACAAGAAAAGAGCAAGAGUUAGAAUUCUUGAGCCCAACUUAAAAGAUUAUAUUACUUAAAACAAACUAUGGGCUGGCCAUAGUGGUUCACACCUUUAAUCCCAACACUCAGGAGUCAGAGUAAAGCCAGCCCUGUCUACAAUAGCAAGUUCCAGAACAGCCAGGACUACACAGAGAAACCCUGUCUCAAAAAACUGACCAAACAACAACAAAAAACAAAAAACAAAAAAAACAUAUUUCUUCUACAACUCUAAAACCAACCUGAAAGCCAAAGAAGAUAGUUUAAAUGACCCAGGCCACAUGUGCACUAAUAGAGAGCUGUACUUUUUCACUGAACUGCCUCUUUAUAAGCAGAAUUAUAGCUUACUCCAUCAGACUCUUGCAGACAUGAGACCCAGUUAGGCAUGUGUCUCAUGUACAGCCAGUCCAAUUAACCCACUCCCAUCUCAUCAUCCCUGCCCAGCUCUGGGACUUCGCCUACAAUUUCCCCUUCUCAAAGUGGAUGGGAGUCCUUCUCCUGCCUCCACUUUUUCUCCUCCUCCUACAAAUCCUCACAGACCCCAUAUACUUUCAACUGAAGUUCACUUACUUUCACACUACUCUCUCCUGUUAACUAAGCCCUGGUGGUUGGGGAACUACCCAACAUGUCCCAUCACACCAGCCCAAAUUCAACAUUCCUGAAAACCAUCUCCAACCAUUUCUCCCCAUCAUUUCCCCAGGCUCAAAACCAGCUAUUUUCAGCUGUUUCCCUUUCUUGUCAAUCUGAGACAGAAGAAUGUCAGGUAGUCUAUACUCCUCUAGUCCAGUAGUCCUCAACCCUUCAGGUUUCAAAACCUGUAGUGAUGUAGUAUUAUGGAAAUAACUCUUAAAUCCCAAAAGAUUGGAACUUUUGUUGGACUUCACAACCAGAAUUGCUAAUACACCCUAAAAUUACUUGAGAAUAGUAGCCUACUGUGUCCUCGGCCUGUGUGCUUAACCUGCCUUUAUGAGAACAUUGUAACAAUCAAUUUACUUGCCUUGGAUUUCCAUGUAAUCAAUGUUUAGAACCUAAUAGCUUUAACCUUAAGUUAUAUAUUCUUCCAUCCUCCUGAUCCAGAACAAUGCAUGUGUGUCACUUACAGAAAGCAGCAAAUACAGAGGUUGAAAGCAGUCUUCUGAGAUGAAUAUCCUUCUUGAACACUAAAUACAGUGUUUGGAUACUGGUUGAUAAACAGUGAUUUGUGUGAUGCUAUUUGUUGUCUUGUCAGUUGGGAUCAGUUGGAGCCAGAGACCGAAUCCCUUGUAAAACUGUUACAGAUUUCUGUAAAGUAUCCCUUCUUUCCCCCAUGUGAUGCUUUCUGUGCUGCUCAAUAAACACAGAGUCCAACCCUUUGUAAGAGACAGAAACUGAACACAAACGCAGGGACAAAUUUUACAAAACAGCCUUUGAGCAGGCAGAAAUGAAGACUCAUGCACCACUCAAAGGGAGCAUGAAGUAGAGAAUUCAGUUCUGGACUUGCUUUUGCUAAAAUGACAGCAAGAGGAAGUACUUUUCUUUCUUUCCUUAAUGUGUUAACUGGGAGUUCUGUAUUUAAUCUGUGCAAAAACCCACUUUACACUUGACAAACAAGCCUAUUGUAUUUACUUACUCUGUAUUGGUUUUAUUUUGGUCAACAUAAACCUAGACAUAUGGGAGGAGGCAAACUUGAUUGAGGAAAAGCCUCCAUAAGAUUGGCCUAUAGGUGACAGGAGGCAUUUUCUUAAAUCAAUGGGUGGUUGAUGUGGGCUACUGUGAGUGAUGCCAUCCCUGGGCAGGUAGCCCUGGGGUGUAUAAGAAAGCAGACUGAGCUACCCGGGGGAAGAAGCCAUUAUCAGCAGUACUCCAUGUGUUUUGCUUCACUUCCUGCCUCCAUGUUCCUGCCUUGGCUUCCCUCAGCAGACUCUGACCCAGGGUAUUCCAACCAGUGUUUCUUAGCAUUAGAACCUUAAGGUCUACAGGCUAUAUAAGUAUUUUCAAUUUUAAGUUAUUCAUUUAAAAAUAAUUACAUGUUUAACUAACAUGAAUAAUUUUACUAAGAAAUAGUAAUGUAAAAAAAAGAUACAAGAAACCCAGUGACGGUGGCAAUGUAGUUUCUCAGUGUCAAAUAAAAAGAAAACCAUUGACUCCUCUGGUGCUCAAGAUACUUACUAUAUUCAGAGACUUACACAAAACAUGGUAGGCAAACCAACAAAACGACUGGCCUUAGUGCUGUGAGAACAGCUUCGACCUUACAGACAUCAUGAACCAAUCCUGAGGGCCUCUGGGUCCUGUGGCCCUGCCCUGUAGACACCGCAACCCUCAACUUUACAUGUUUGGCUCACCUCAACUGUCCAACUCUCUCUGCCCUUCCUCUCUCUCCUUAAACACAUGAAAAUGAAACCAAAAAAAAAAAAAGUGUAAGAAGAAAACAGCUCAAGGCCUCUAGCUGACUUCACCCACCCAAAAGCCCCUGCACCCAGACACUGCUUGCUCUUCUGCCAUUUUAAGGCUAGCAGGCCCCUCCCUCUUCUUACCACUGAGAACACGUCACUUAACAGUUUCUCUCUGGUGUUUGCACUUCUGCCUCUCCUGAAGGGAGUGUACAAAUGCAGCACGCACUCAGCCAUCAUCACCUCAUGACAGUGCACACCUCCUGCUUGGAGUCCUCUUGUUAGCUUGUGGAUCCCACUGUUUUCCUCCUACCUUGGUUUGGCCUUUCAGUUUCAUUUACUCAAGCACCUAACCUUGUGACUCAACUGUUUCCUAACAUGGCCUACUAACAAAAUGAGAAAGUGGACCCCUUUACUACCAUUAACAAGAGGAGGUGUUACCAAGCCAGGUGAGCUGAGACCUAAUGUUUGAUAUCUGUUCAUGUGUAUUUUCCUUCUACUUUAUCCAUUUCCACAUUAAGCCACUGUCUCUUCCUAAAGCUGCAUAUGCAUGAUUUGCCUGUCUAUUUCUUAAGUUCAGGCACUGUGUCAGCUACACAGCAUCUCCCAUUAUCAUUCUAGGCCAUUGCCAAGGAUCCUCAAUGGCUUACCUGUCUACUUUAUCGCCGCUAAUCAAUCACCUUGUACUCACUAGGUCAGAGUUCAGAUUGAAGAAUUUUUAAACACCAUGUGCCUGUAUCCCUCCCCAUUAUUAUUGCCUAAUACAACAGUAUGGAAGUCCUUAUAAAACAUGUUCAUUGUACUAUAUAAGUAAUUAUUGAUUUACAGUACAUGGAAGUGCUUGGGUUGUUUGCACACAACACCAUUUUAAUAAGGAGGUUGCACAUCACUGAAUUUUGGUGUAUCCUACAAUAAUCUGGAUACCAAAGGACCUCAGACUUGUGAUCCUCAGACCUCAGCCUGAGUGCCCCGGUCAACUUUUCUCAUUUAUUUAAUGGGUAUGGGUGUAUUAUACCCCAUGUGUGUGGUCUGUACACCACAUGCAUACCUGAUGAUCACUGAAGCCAGAAAAGGACAUCAGCUUCUCUGGAAUGAGUAUUACAGUAAAGUGUGAGCCUCCAUGGAUAGUGAAUCCCUGUCCUCUGGAAGAGCAGCCAGUGCUUAACAACUGAACAACCAUCUCUCUCCAGCUCCAUGGGACCAAUUUUUUAACAAUCACCAGGGUCAGUCUCCACCUACUCCACGUCAGGGUUGUGUGUGUGUGUGUGUGUCCCAAUCCUUUCCUUCACCCAGAAACUGAGGACAUCAGCACAUGACAGAAUUUGUGAAGAUUAAACGGCUUAUUAUUACAUGAGUGCCUGCCGCAAGUAUUAAAUACAGAGAGGAUUUAACAGAAGCUGGACCUAACAGAAAUUGCAACGAAGCUGAUCUGAACCAAUUAACAUAGUAAUUAAACCUGGCUUCACCGGAAGCAAAGGCCUACCCUUGCUUCACACUCCCAUUUUCUUACCUGCAACCCCCCCCCCCCGAACUUUCUCCUCGCCAAAUUUCCUUCAUCAAAGUUCAUUCCCUCUUUGAAAUGUUCAUCGUUAUCUACCCCAUAGUUUCUUCCCUUCUGCUACCUGAACCAUCCGAUCCGUACUUCUGUUAUGUCAAGCAAAUAAUCGAGGUAAUGUGUCUACUGGUGAUCACGGUAAAAUGCUGAGCUUUUAAAAUGGUCAUAAUUUUCCAAACUAAUUUUUUUUCUUUUUAAAAAGCGAGAAGGGGAGACCGGCAAAUCACGGGUCUUUUAAACUUGGACUGAAAAGAAACCACCCAGCACCGGCACCGGGGUUCCUGAGUACAGUGGAUCCCCAAUCAAAAAAAAAAAAAAAAAAAAAAAAAAUGUAGUCUAGCUGGGUGUGGUGGGGCAUGUCUUUAAUCCCAGCACUAGGUAGGCGAGAGGAAGACGUAUCUGUGAGUUUUAGGCCAGCCUGGUCUACAUAGUUCCAGGAGCCCAGGGAUACAAAAUGAGACCCUUUAAGAAAAGAAAAAGGCAGUCUACUUUGAGCGCUCCGCUACUGUAACUACCAAGCACAAACCACAACUUGCUGAGAGGGCCCGGAGCAUCGCAAGGUUACUUCACUGGGAUACAAUUUAACCAGGACCGCGCUCCUUCCUGGCCCACCCUCCUCAGUGAGCCCGCCUCAGAGAGCGGGAGCACAGUGUCCAGUCCAGCUCCUCAUCACCCCGGCGCACCCGGAGCGCCACGCCUCGGCCAAGGUCACCGGCCAGCGCACCCGCGCAGCGUCCACCCGGCCCACGGCCCCGCGAGGCUGACCCUGUCCCGCGCCGCGAAGACAGAGGCUGGCCCAAUGCGGCACUCACAUGUUGUUGAAGCGGAACAGGUCGUCGCAGGUGAAGGCCCGGAGCGUGGUCAUUGCGCCGCCGCCAGCCUCCAACCCACUCAGCGCGACCCAGCGCCCGCACUACCGGAAGUACUCGCACCCGCGGCCCCCAUGGGGUGGGACAAAGAACUACUUCCGGACCAGAGGUUGCUGGGCAACAAGAGUAGCGUCGCAGCUCUCUCUGGCGGCGGAAAUCAGCAAUUGCCUUAAUGCUCAGCACCUACAGAUCCUUUCCAGAAAGUAGGCAGAGUAACAAGGAGGAAGGAGCUGGGGUCUGAGAACCAAAUCAUAAAAGCGAGUUUCAAAACUACAAAGAUGCUUCACGGGUGCUGGGAAUUGGCUCCAGGACCUUGUACAUGAGAGGUAAAUGCUAUACCACUAUUUCCAAAAGUAGAUUCUAAUUCAUCAAGUCACAAGAGUGGUUUGAAAUCCCAGAAGACUUCCAUUCAUAGUGAACUGCAUACACCUUCACAUCAGUAAAUGGCCAGGAGAGAAAGUUAGAAAAGAAAAUCAACCGAAAUUGCAAUCCGUCAAAUAAGCCUAUUCUUCCACAGCUACAUCAAAUAUGGAGUCUGGGUAAACGAAAUAAUACAAAUGGACCACAUCA